AAGACCAAAAGAAAAAAAAAAACUUUUUCUUUUCUGAUGAAUCGUAUCUAUUAGCUAUGAGCCUGAGGUGAUGAUCAUGUCAACAUAACCAUCAACGUUCUACCAUGGCUAGUCAUAGCAACAAAGGCAAAGGCAUAGCAGAAGGAUCGUCUCAACCGCAAUCGCAACCGCAACCACAACCACACCAACCGCAAUCACCUCCUAACCCGCCAGCGUUAAGCCGGUACGAGUCACAGAAACGACGAGACUGGAACACGUUUUGUCAAUACCUGCGUAACCAACAGCCACCGGUUCACAUCUCGCAGUGUGGAUCAAACCACAUCCUCGAUUUCCUCCAAUAUCUCGACCAGUUUGGGAAGACAAAGGUUCAUAUCCAUGGAUGCGUUUUCUUCGGACAGGUUGAGCCAGCGGGACAGUGUAACUGUCCUUUAAAACAAGCGUGGGGGAGUUUAGAUGCUUUGAUCGGACGGCUAAGAGCGGCUUUCGAGGAGAACGGAGGAUUGCCGGAGAGAAACCCUUUUGCCGGCGGCGGAAUUAGGGUUUUUCUGAGGGAAGUGAGAGAUUCACAGGCGAAGGCAAGAGGAGUUCCGUACAAGAAAAGAAAAAAGAGGAAGAAGAGGAAUCCUAUGAAGAGUCAUGAUGGUGAAGAUGGUACUACGGGAACUAGUAGUAGCUCCAACUUGGCUUCUUAGCGGAAGCAAACAAAAAAUCUAUAAUAAAACAAAGUGGAAUUAGUUAAUGGUAAGCAUUUAAUACUCUCCAUAAUCUCUAUUAAUUUUCAGUACUUUAAUCCUAUUUUGUGAUCUAUUUACAAUUUUACAUAUAGAGUGAAAAGAAACAAUUCUACAUUCGUUUCUUGAUAGUCAGCUCUUAAUGCAUAGUUGAAUUUUAUACGUAUCAUACCCAAACUAUAAGAUUAAUCUUGAUCUUAGAUCAUAUACAUAUAUCAUCAUGGUGUGUACCCUAAGUUUCAUAAUCAUUUUUCUUAACUAUUUAUGUGGAU